UAAAGGCAGGAGCCGAGCCACGGACUCAGAGCGCACCCAGCCGGCGCCGCGCAGCACUGGGACCCGCGCUCUUUGGCCAGCCUGCUCCGCACCCGCCUGCGGAAGUACCCACCAGCCCGGCUGCGGAGCGUCUGCGCCCAGAGACCGGUCGGCACCAUGCACCUCUCCCAGCUUAUUGCCUGCGCCCUGCUGCUCACGCUGCUCUCGCUCCGGCCCUCCGAAGCCAAGCCCGGAGCGCCACCGAAGGUCCCGCGAACCCCGCCAGGGGAGGAGCUGGCCGAGCCCCAGGCAGCCGGUGGCAGUCAGAAAAAGGGUGACAAGACUCCCGGGGGCGGAGGUGCCAAUCCCAAGGGCGACCGAUCACGACUGCUCCGGGACCUGCGCGUGGACACCAAGUCCCGGGCAGCUUGGGCCCGCCUUCUGCACGAGCACCCGAACGCGCGCAAAUACAAAGGCGCCAACAAGAAGGGUUUGUCCAAAGGCUGCUUUGGCCUCAAGCUGGACAGGAUCGGCUCCAUGAGCGGUCUGGGAUGUUAGUGCGGCGACCCCUGGCGGCGAAUUGGGAACUGCUCCGUGCGCUGAGGUCAUCCUUGGUCAUCAGCCUCCAGCAUCUGGAAACACCUCCAACGCAAUGUGGCUUUUACAUUUCUUUUUUUUUUCCUUCCUGGUACUGGGAAUACACAACACCAGCUGUUUUAUUAUUAUUUGGGGAGGGGAGGGUAUGGUUUUAUUGUUUGGGGGGUUGAAAAUGAAAAAUAAAAAAUUAUAUUAUAUAUAUAUUAUAUAUACAUGAAACACUCACACCUACACCGACUUGAUGACAAGGGACAGUUUUUAAGAGACUGACAGAACCAGCUGUAAUACACUGCUGUUUGUAAAUUCAUGUCAUGCAUAAAUGUAUUUAUGUUGUAAAGCUAUUUAUAUUGUUUAUAAAGAGAUAUUUAUAAAAAUUUUAUUUAUGUAACUAAAUGAAAGAAGCCAACCAUUGUAAUGUUUUUGUCCUAACUAGUUGAAAAAUGUAGAAAAAAAAGUCAUUCCAUGAACAUCUUGAAAA